CACCGGACGGUCGACAAUAUCAUCUGUCAAAGAUGGUUGACUUUGCAACUCAUCUUCGCUCCGAGUCCUGGUCUCUGUACGGGGUUGGGAUCGCCGUCAUCGUGCUUCGAUGGUAGAUCAUCCUUUUACGCAACGUGACUCUUGCUGACAUUAGCCUUAGCUUCGCAAGAGUACGCAGAGUUGGCUUGAAGGGCUUCUGUGCCGAUGACUGGCUCAUGAUUCUGGCUGGGGUCCUAUAUACAACCCUUGUCUAUACCCUGAACAGAAUCGCCAGCGGUGGGGGUAGCAACCUGUUUGAACCAGAGCUUUUCGAUACCUUCACUCAGGAGGAGAUCGAUGAGCGUAUACUUGGCUCAAAGAUUGUCGUCAUCUCCGAACAAGCCAUGCUGUGCCUAAUCUACCUCCUCAAGUGCUGCAUGCUUUGCAUGUAUUAUCGUAUUACCAUUGGAACUAGGCAGACCCGCCUUAUUCUGCUUCUCUCCGGCUAUGUUGCCGUUGGAUUCAUUGCUACAGAAGUUGGCUUCUUUACUUUCUGUCGACCGUUCAAAGGGUACUGGGGAAUGCCUCCGCCAGACCCGCAAUGCACGACCCUCGCCCACUACGCAAUCACACAAGCAUGCUUCAACCUCUCGAGCGAUGUCAUGAUGCUACUAAUCGCAGUACCGAUGGUCAUUCGCCUAAAUCUCCCCCUGAAGCAAAAACUCGUCCUCGCCCUCGUCUUCAGCAUGGGCACCUUUGUCAUCAUCGCCGCUAUCCUUACAAAAGUCUACAAUCUCUCCGACGUCUACGACUCGUCGUACAUGUUGUGGUAUAUUCGCGAGUCCUCCGUUGCCGUCUACGUCUCCAACACGCCCAUGAUCUGGCCUCUUCUCCGCGAAUUCGUCCCCUUUCUCCGCACCGCCGUUACCAGCGCCGGCAGCCGCACUGCCGGUCUCAACUCACGCAGCAGGAACCAGCGCGACCAGGACAGCAACGCGAUACUCUCGCACAACCGCAAAUCGGGCGUCGAAGCCGACGCCCACGAGCUCAACUACGUCAAGUCUGUCAGCAACGACACCGACCGGACCUCCGACGACGGCGACGACGACCACAGCAUGGGACACUCUGGACGCAACGAGUUGCGCUUCCACCAGAGCAAUCGUCGUGCCGGCAGCCUCGCGUCCGACGAGUGCGAGCUCAAUAGCGCGUUCUGGGGCAAGGGCGACAUCCACCAGGAGACGACAAUCGAGAUCCAGCGCGAGAGUGUGGACCUGGAGAGCCAGACUGGACUGCCGAGAAGCAUGAGCUGGGUCAGUAAACCGAUGCGCCAGGUGCGGAUCGAGGGCGGCGAGAGGAGUUAUACUUGAGCGACCUUGAGAAGCACAUUGGAAAGCCAACAUCGCAUGGAUUGCAUACUUUUAUGAAUCUAUACUAUACACCGCGAAUCAGAGACGACACGACACGAACAUAGAGGCAAAAGUGGCCCGAGGCGUCAAAAAACAAUGUUUGCUAAAUUUAUCGACUGCGAUACACGACACAUGGCUAAGUCUCGGGCCAUACUUCGACAUGCCAAUCGACUCUCACAUGCAGUUAUACUCUUAUGAUACCCCUGGGAUAGAAACGACCUGUGUUUAUACCACCACGCUGGUGGGAUUUAUGUUGUUUGUUACGAUUACCACG